UUAUAGCAAUGCCGGCAACAAUCUUUCUAGUCGCUAUUAUUUUUAUCGGGGCUACCUGUGCACAAACAGGAGACAAUGCUAAAUCUUUAGUCACAGAUUUGUUCACUGCAAAUAAUUAUCAAAAGAAAGUUCGCCCAGUAAGAAAUCAGGAUGAUUUGCUUGUGCUAAGAGUUGAUUUCCAUUUAAUUGGGAUAAACGGAGUUGACGAAGCGUCACAAAGACUCACUACUACUGGUUAUUUGAGCACACUAUGGAAAGAUCAAUAUCUGGAAUGGGACCCAACAAGCUAUGGUGGAAUGAUAAGUGUAAAUGUCCCACAGAGUUACGUGUGGAAACCAGCACUUGCAUUGCAAAAUGGAUUUACCAAGCUACAGGAAUUGGGCAGUAGUGUAAUCAAUGUUAAUAUCAAUAUAUCUGGACAUGUGACAUGGGAACCUUACGAAGUUUUUGAAUCGAAAUGCAACAUUGACGUUAAAUAUUUUCCGUUUGAUCACCAAACAUGCAAUAUAUCGUUUAUUGACUGGUCCUAUCAGUCAUAUGAGGUACAAAUUCAGGAAGGAACUUACGGAAUAGUUACAGGUGAAUUAGAAGAUGAUGCUGUAUGGACUGUAAUCUCAACCAAGUUGUAUCAUGACACACUGGACUUGGAAUCUAGAUUAACAUACUCUUUAACAAUUAAACGAACUCCAGGAUUUCAUGUUUUAAACAUAAUCGUACCUGUUAUUUUACUUGGCGUUCUGAAUCUCUUCACGUUUGUUCUCCCAGCAGACAGCGGAGAGAAGAUGGGAUAUUCCAUCACCGUUUUUCUGUCAUUUGCGGUAUUUUUGAUAAUUGUUAAUUCUGAACUUCCAAAGACGACAGGAUCCAUUUUUGGACAGUACUUGAUAUUUCAGUUAGGAAUUGCAUUGUUUACGGUAUGCGUUACUGCAAUACAACUACGAUUUCAUUACAGAACCGAUCCUGUCCCUCGUUUGUUAUCAGCCGUAUUGGGGUGUCGGUGCAAAAGUAAAAGAAAAAUCACCGAUGGGAACGAAAACGGAAAACUGGAAAAAGACACAAACGAGAGUAAAUUAGAAGAAACUUGGAACGACUUCAUUUCUAUCUUAGAUUUCAUUCUCUUUUGGGUAUCUUUUUUUGUUGUACUUUCUGUAACAAUAGUUGUAUUUCUUAAAUUGAGCUAA